CGUAGUAUAUGGAUGGCCCCAAUAAGCAGAGACGUCAAUCCUGACACGUAGACAUAUCAAAUCCCUUCCGUGUUUAAAACUUAGUCACAUCACAAAGUCAAAACUAAUCUAUAAAUUCUCACUUCGUUCCAAACCUUCCACCAGUUACAGCAUCAAAAAAUAUUUUGGAAUAAUACUCACCUCAAACUCUUAGAAAUUAUAAACUAAAAAGAUUUAUACUUAUAAAAAAUUUGUUAAAAUGUCCCAAGCACAAUUAUUAUCCGUCCCCCGGCCCCCCGCCGAGGUCAAGAGGACGGCUGUAGGGUCAACCCGCAAUCCGGAGACUUUAUUCAGACAUUUCGUCCGAGAAUAUUCCGAAUGCGGUAUUUCUCUCAAAGCUGCAGCUUGUUGCGUCGCCAUUUUGGAAAUUCUCUUCUUCGCCUGUAUUAUGCUGACUACGUCGUACUUCUACAUUUUUGGUGAACGUCACGCACGUCUCAAUGCGAUCGUUAUUGAGAAGGAAAAAAAUUCUGUCUCGACCAUCUCCGAGGGUCUCGUGAUUUUUGGAUUUGUCGUCGCUGUGAUCCUGGGUUUAAUCCAUCUCAGACUUUUGACUGGAAUAUACCAGGCAAACUUCGAGGCUAUCACGGGCUGCUGGGCAGCUAUGGUCGCCUUCUUCAUCGCUUUUUUUGGAUUCAUGAUUCUUGCACAUAUUAAUGAAGGUAAAAAUCUCCACAUUCCGAAAGAAGAAGUUUUCAUAACGUUGUCCAGUUUCUACGCAAUUUGGCUCGUGGGUUGCUUCCGAGUUGAAAUGAAGGUCAAGAUGGAAGCCAAGAAAUCCAACAACGCUGACAACCUUGAUACUCUUAGGAUGAUUGAACUUAUUUUAUUGAACUGACAUCAAACUGAUAAUUGGACUCAUUUAUUUUUGUCAAUUUACAGUACGAUGGUGUCAAGUGUAAUCCUCCGAUUUGGGUCAAAUUUUUAAAUUAUCUACAUACGUGGCCCGUCAAGUUAAUCAACGUUUAUUGAGGUAGUAUCUGCUAUGGUUCGAAUUUCCCUAAACUAUUUGAGGUCAAAUUUGAAAAAUUGACCAAACGCCGGAAGCAAACCCCACUCUAAUUCCCUUAGUAGAGAAAAAUCACCCAUUUUUUUAACUUUGCCGUCAAAUAUUUUGCCUAAUUCCCGUCAUCGAACAAUCCGCCUGAAGAAACGUUGCUCGAAUUUACUUGGACCACGUAAUUUUAAAAUUUUAACUAAAUCAGAGGGUUGAACUUCACACCAUCGCAUUGCUAAUGGAAGGUUGUAGUUCCUGGCCCGUAAGUCUUUAUUCAGUUAAAUUUAAAUAUAGGAAAAGUGAAAGGAUAAGGGCUCACUUGUAGUACUUAGAGGGGCCGGAUUAGGCCUUUUUGUCAACGUUUCGACCUCAAAGGGUCUUCUUCAGGACGACGAAGAGGAUUCUUGAAGAAGAUUCUUGAGGAUUCUUGAGGUUGAAUCCUCUUCGUCGUCCUGAAGAAGACCCUUUGAGGUCGAAACGUUGACAAAAAGGCCUAAUCCGGCCCCUCUAAGUACUACAAGUGAGCCCUUAUCCUUUCACUUUUCCUAUUAUAUUCUCACUGCACAAUUUACAUAUUAAAUUUAAAUAUAUACAAUCAAAUAAUUUACAUAUUUAUGUAUACACAUAUUAUUAUUGUAACUUAAAUUCCAUACAAAAAUGUACUUUAAUCCUGCAUAUUAGAUGUUUUCAUUUAACUUUUUUAAUUUGUUACUCGUCAUAAAAAUUCUAAAAUCUUUGUGAAAUGAAAUGUUAGUUAGAAAAAUAUGUUUCUCUUGUCAAAGUUGUAAACAUUUUUCAAUAAUACUUAAAAUUAACUUUGACAUAUUUUAUUAUAGUAGUAGUAGUAUCAUUAUUUAGUAUAAGUUAAUUUAGGUAUAGCCCAGCUUAUGUGUAAUUCUAUCUUCAUCCACCUUCAAAAACGUGUGCCCUUUACGUAUAAAGUAUUGAUUCUAAAGGUCAUAAUUUCGUGUCCUAACUUCAUAAUUUACAAAGUAUUUCAUUAUUCAUUUUGUACAAAAAUCAGGUCUACACAAGAUUUUUCCAACAUUUCAAAAAAGUGUUCUUAGUUAUCACUUAAAAUUGAUUAGUGUAAUUAUGGCUUGCUUAUAAAGUGGAAGGAGAUACUCAAUAAAAUUUUUCAAUAAAUAAGGGAUUAAAUUGA